GGAUGCUCUGAACGCAAGACUGCAGCAUCUUCACCGAGAGAACGAGCAGGACAAAACGUCUCUUUCUCCGAGUCUUCCUCCAGCUCCGCGUCUCCGGACCUUCCUCGCCCACGCGUCACCCCUGGGUGUCUUCACGACUGGAGCCAGGACAGGAUAAAGAAGAAAGAAAUUUCUAAUAGCCAAACCAAUAACGCAUCGGAUUUUUUUUGUAUUAUUACUAUUAUUCUAAUUAUUGCUUCAGCGACAUUUCCCUUCUGUUUCUUCUUUCCUCGACUGAUUUCGCCUCUUUGUCUUUCGGUGGUGUUUUGGUUUUGUUUUAUUUAUUGUUCCGUUCCGCUGUGUUCGCAGAGGAGCGCCACCAUCCUGUGCUGCCUGACAUGGUUGCAGCGGAAUGAUACACAUAUCCUAGCAUGCAUAUCUGAAGGUUGAUGGAAGCUUGACGAUCCGUUUGUACGUUUUUGUAGUUGCCUAGAAGACGCUCCAUCUACACAGGUUUCGGAUUUUCUCCCUCUUCUGAGCCGCUCCAGCGUUUCUUUCUUUCUGCCCCCCUGCGCAGCAUCUCUCUGCACGCACGGCGCACCACGGAGAAAACGCGCAGCCUAACCUACUCCGUCCGUAAGAAACAGGCGUAUUUUCCGAUUCCUAACGCUUUCGCCUUCUCCGAGGACUCAUCUGCUACGGCUACGCUGCGUAAAAAUACAAGGAAAAGGGGGAUUUAAACGCAAACGCAGCCUAAGCAUCCAAGAGCAAGCUCGAAAAUGAUGGCCGGCGGAGCAGUACAGCAAAACGGCAUUUUCUCAAAUCCUCACCAUCACAAUCAACAACCACACAUGGAGUCCGAUCCUCCGGACUCGCGUAAAAGACCCCUGGAGACCCCGACGGAGGCCAGCAGCACCAAACGCACAAACACGGGAGUGGCCUUCCUGCAGCCCCUAUUUGAAACUGAAGGCAUUGUAUUCCCUCACCAAGAAACUGAGACUCAUGAGGAAGGCGAGUACUUCCUGAAGGUUUUGAUUCCCAGCUAUGCGGCCGGUUCAAUCAUCGGGAAGGGAGGUCAGACCAUCGUCCAGCUGCAGAAAGAGACUGGAGCCACCAUCAAACUGUCCAAAUCCAAAGACUUCUAUCCCGGGACGACAGAGCGGGUUUGUCUGAUCCAGGGCACCGUGGAGGCGCUGAACGGCGUCCAUGACUUCAUCGCCGAGAAGGUGAGGGAGAUGCCUCAGAGCACCCAGAAGACAGAGCCGGUCAGCAUCCUGCAGCCGCAGACCACCGUCAACCCGGACCGCGUCAAACAGGCCAAGCUGAUCGUCCCCAACAGUACGGCAGGGCUGAUCAUCGGUAAAGGCGGAGCUACAGUCAAGGCAGUGAUGGAGCAGUCUGGGGCGUGGGUCCAGCUAUCCCAGAAGCCCGAGGGCAUCAACCUGCAGGAGCGUGUGGUCACCAUCAGCGGCGAGCCCGAGCAGAACCGAAAAGCAGUGGAGAUUAUCGUCCAGAAGAUCCAGGAGGACCCGCAGAGUUCCUCUUGCCUCAACAUCUCCUACUCCAACAUCACAGGACCCGUUGCCAACUCUAAUCCCACCGGGUCCCCGUACGCCAACUCUACCGAGGUCAUGCCGGCCGCGGCAGCCGCUGCAGCAGCUACGGCUUCUUCUCUGCUCGGCCAGGCAGGCCUGGCUGGGGUCGGAGCCUUCCCAACUACCAUGUCCAGCCUCUCAGGCAACGACCUCCUCGCCAUCACCUCCGCCCUCAACACACUGGCCAGCUAUGGGUACAACACCAACUCUCUGGGCCUGGGGCUGAACCCUGCUGCAGCCUCAGGGGUGCUAGCCGCCGUAGCAGCUAACGCCAACCCAGCAGCAGCAGCCGCAGCUAACUUGUUAGCAUCCUACGCCAGCGAUGCAUCCACCAGCGCAGCUCAUCCCGCAGCCAGCCUUGGAGGCUUCUCCCUGGGAUCCCUAGCGGCCGCCACAGGGGCAACCAACGGCUACUUGAGCGCCGCAUCGCCACUGGUGGCGUCGUCUCUACUGGCCACGGAGAAGCUAGCAGAAGGAGCGAAGGAAGUGGUUGAGAUUGCUGUGCCAGAGAACCUCGUGGGCGCCAUCUUGGGGAAAGGAGGGAAGACGCUAGUGGAGUACCAGGAGCUGACCGGUGCCAGGAUCCAGAUCUCCAAGAAAGGCGAGUUCAUCCCCGGAACUCGGAACAGGAAGGUGACCAUCACAGGUUCCCAGGCCGCCACGCAGGCUGCACAGUACCUGAUCAGCCAGCGAAUCACCUACGAGCAGGGGGUACGCGCCACCAACCCACAGAAGGUGGGCUAAACCUGACAGCCAAUGAGAAACGAGGAGGAAAAGAGGAAAAAAAAAGAGUGGGGGCUUGGGGGAGGAGUAUAAAAAAAGUGAGAGUGAGAAUGGAAAAAGGAGAGGAGAGCAAGAAUGUCGGAAGGAAUCGUUCGCACCGUUUUCUUCUGCGUGUUUUCAGUAUUCUCUAUUAAAAAAAAAAAUUUUGACGCAAAAGCAAAAAUGUGCUGAGAAGACGAGGAGGGAGAGGAGCGAGUUAUUACGCUGAAAAACCAAGAAAAAAAUGUGUAAAAUGUAAAUAAGGUUUUAUUACUUAACGUCUUGACCUUUCGGGAUUUUUUAUUGUUUUGUUUUUUUUUUUUGUUUUUUGUUUUUUUUUGUUGGUUUUUCUUGUUUGGUUUAGUAAAUUAAGUUGUCUGUUUGUGUAUUAUGUGGACAGAGCUGAAUGCCAUGUAGACAGGCCGACUGCCUGAGGAGGUGAGGCGGAGGGGGGAGGGAGGGGGAGGGCGUGGAGGAUGAGGGGGGUGGGAGGGGGGUUCACCGGGUACAACCCUCCUCCCCCCCCCACCCCGGCCCGACAUCUCCCCUCGUUUUUAAGCGACCCUUACCCCUCCCUCCCCCCCUGCAGCCCGUCACCCUCCAGUAGGGUUUUUUCUUCUAGGAGAAUUGCCCCAAAGCCCCUCGACUCACCCCUCUACCCACACCCCACCCCCCAAAUACCCCUCUCACUACUUGCCCCCUCUGCCCCGCCCCUCACCCCCUUUUACAAGGGUUUUUUAUACUGAGCAAGACUGCAAACUUCAGCCCGGUGUGUGAGACGAGAAACGACCCUAUUCUCUCUCCCGUACGAUCUCACCUCCCUCUUCUUCCUCACCCACUUUUUGCGAGGACGGGCGAGGCAAGAUCGGAGGGAGGGAGAUGGGGAGGAAAAAAAGUCAGCUUUCUCUAUUCUCACACACCCUCCCCCCCUAUAUACCCUGUGAUGUAUCCCACAAGCAGUGCAGUGCCGCGGGGGACGGUGUUACGGCACGUAGCGCCUCCCCCCCACAUGGCGGCUCUAGCGUUUGAGACGUAGAAUGCCGAGGCGCACGCUGAUGACCUCACGUAGUGCGAAAAACCUAGAAACGACGAGAGUGAUACUGUGCAAGCUGCGGCAAACACACAGGAUCUAUGGCAUUUUUAUUUCUUGCAGUCUGCUGUGAUAAUUCUAUUAAUGACACUGUCAUGAUUAGUAGGGAUCAUCACCAUCGUCAUUAUUUAUUAAUGAGUUCACCCAUAUAAAGCUCAGUUGGGUUUUGUUUCUUCUUUUUUUUUAAUCUGUGAAUUCAGGUUGACAUGAAUGUAAAUGAGACUAUUUUUUGAUUUGUUUUAAUUUAAGUGGAUUGAAGAUGAAUAGUAAAUGUCACAUAGUGUAAUAUAUGUCUUAUUUAAGUCCAGUAAGAAAGCCGCCCCAGGCAUUAAGAUCAUUACAGUGAAGGAUCACCUUCUACAGUAUAUCCAGUCAAAGAGCAGAACAGGGAACGCACACACUUGUACACACUGAAACAAUACUUUUACGAUGCCAUAUUUGGUGCUAGAAAAGGGAAUUCACCAUAUCUAUGAUGCAGACUGCAGUAAGACGUCUAGAUUAGCGAGAAAAUAUCAAAACCACUCACACCACAGGCUGCAGUGCGGCUGUAUUAACCCGAAACCCGGUUAUCGUGCUUAGCUCAUGCUGCAAAAUAUCACUGCUGUCUAUAUCCGUAGUUGAAGUUUGAUGUAAUUUAGCCGAACUGAGACGAGUUCUCAGCCGAUUCGCUGCUGCUGCUCAGCCUGUGGUCUUCCAAAACCCUUUAGAUUAACCCGAGCCACAGACUAGAUCAAGCAAAGAGCACUUAAGACUAACAACGUACUACUGAGAAAAAAAUGCAAACUGCGAGGAAAACACUGACGGAGGGAAACGUCGUUUGUCUGGGGUCCACUGCUGAAUCUGCAAAGCCUCGCUCGUUAGAUUUGCUAUUUUAAGGCAGCGUGCAUAUCAGUAAAGGAGAUAAAUAGUCUCACUGAUCUUUGCCCUUAUCAAGCAACCGUCCAACUGCCAAUGAGGAAAAGGGCAGACGAGACAUUUUCAACAUACGUCCAGGGAGCUGAGCUCAUUUCUGCCUCUUGGCAAACUGCAGGUCUCCCUUGGCAACAGGUUUACUGCCCACUGUAGACCCACGAGGCUGCUGAAGAUGCUGUUGUUUUCUUUUGUUGUUGAUUUCUUUUUUGUUUGUUGGUGUCGUGUUUUUUUUGUUUGUUUUUUAACAAUCGGAGUACACUGAAUUUAUUUUUUUUGUCUUAAUGCACUGUGAAGCGAGGGAGCGGUUCUCUCGACCUGUGAGGUCAGGGAUGUGUGCUGUAGAUGGCAUCAUGAUUGGAUGGGUUUUUUUGUAUGGCAGGGAAAAAAAAUACACAUAUAUGAAAUAUAUGUAGAAUGCAUAUGAAGAACUUCAGCAGAAAUGCACGUCAUAUCUGAAUUUGGAAGGAGGAGAAAGAGACUAGGUCGAUGAAGAGGAUCAAUCAAUUGAGGUCACAAGUUGAGAUCAAUUAGAUUCCACUUACCUGUUGUCUUGGAAAAAGUGUUUUGUGAUUCGAGGGCGGGAUGCUGGGGGAGUGUUAGGUGUCCAGUAGCAGAUCAAAGAGACUGGAACAAAUUCUAAAUUCAAUUUUCUAUCUAUCGCAGCUGUGUCUUUUUCACAAAUUGGUAAUGUACUGCACAUUUAAUGGGCAAAUCCCUGGACAGAUAUUCAACUCUGACAGGCGGAAUGUAAAAUGCCACAAAAAAAACAAAAAACGAGGAGGGGGUGCAUUUGAUUUAUGACCUAAACAGCCUGGUGAGGGGAGGGAAACCAAUCUGACCCAAAAAAAAUCCUCCACCGUGUUACUGAAUGUGUCACUCUCUGUUGGAGCGCCAGUGAGGGUUUAUCUCCGCAGCUUGGUAAGGAGGCUUCUUUACUCCCAUCUAACACCAUCCACACUCUCCUCACCCUCCCACCCGUCCUCAGUUCUCCAGUGCACUCCCAUCCUGACACACCCCCUCUUCCUCCUACCACAUCGCUCCAUGGGUGACUAUGUCUGGUGUUACGAUCAAAUGCAUGUCUGCUGCUUGCCCCGACAGAACGCCACACAGAUACCAAGUCUUUCUCCUCUUGUUUUUUUUGCCUCCGAGGCCCGAGACGACCUGAUGCAGAAGACAAACACACCUGCAGAGGAAAGUCGUAGCUGGCAGGGCGCAGUGCACAAACACUCCUAUAGCUGUAGUUUGGAUCAGUGCAGAGAAGCGUUGUUGAUUUUGGGAUAUCUCGUUGCACAAACACAUAUUGUGAGGGAGUAUGUUGUCUUUGGUAGGGUUGGUCUGGAUUUUACGGCAUAAACCUCAUAAAGGAAGGAGGGAAGGUGUGCUUUUGUUCUGCUGUGGAGCUGCACUGUGCUGUAUGCAUUCAGGAACUGGUUUUUAGUUUCAGUUUGUGCAGGUUAUGUGACUUUUGGGCAGCUGGAUUUAGGUUUCCUAAUGUGAUUAUUUGCUGCUUUCAUCCAUUUUUGGACGGUUUGUCAGAAAAAAAAGCAUUUUUUGACACAGAUUAAUAAAUUUUCACAAUCAAAGUUGAAAUGUUGACUAGUUUUUCCAACUUUUCCUCCAAACCUGCGUUGUGUUUCAUGCAUGCAUGCAGCACAGUAAGUCUGCAGCCGCAAAACUGCACCGAAACUCCAUUUAUUUUCAUUAAUACGGGACGGAUUUUCUUUUUCAUCUCAUUAAUUAAACCUUAGUAAGUUUUCUCUUUUACACAGCGGCCAACCUCUUUACUUAUCUUAACGUUAGGGGAUCGACAUAAAAUGUGACAAGUACCGGAAGCAAUACAUGUUAGUGGCAUGUUGUGUUGUCCUGUCCCUUAUCCUCCGUCUGCUGUAGGAGCUUUUGGAUUUACCCGUAGAUGUUGAAUAGGUUUACACGACGUAAGACGAGUUUUUUUUUCUUUUUUAAUUUGUGGAAAAUGCUGCUAUUUAAUAAUAACUGAAAAUACAAGGUUAAAAAAACAUAUCGAAAAUCUGUCCUUUUAGCUGGAGAGGCUAGUUUCAAGUGGCAGUGUAAUACAAUGCUCUGUUAUAAGCUGAUGAUAAGUUAACAAUAGUGUAAUUCUAACCAGAACAAGUGUGCCAAAAUAAGAGUUAAAGUGUAAAUGUGUUGAUUUAAAACCACAUUAGGUUAAGAGGAGACAUACUUUUAUAUUAAGAAAAAUGUGAAAAGUGCCAAAUGAACCAUAUUUAUAAUUAAAUACAUAGGAAGGGAGCCGUUCCCACGACAGUUUUUAAGAUCUACGUAGACUUAAUGGACAAAGCGCCUCAGUACAGCAGUUUGUUUAAGCCCUCUCUGUUCCUGCCACAAAAGGAGCGACCGCCAUGUUAGCCAAGUGUUAGCCAGUCCCCUGGGAACAGCGUUUCCCAGGAUGCAACAGCACUAACGACUCUGGGGCUAGACGAAUCAAUAGAGCGAUAGGUUUAGCAUUAAUAAUGCUGACAGAGGAAAAAAAAUGUGACUAGAUAGCAUUCUUAAACACAGCCUUUUAUAGUUAACGAUGAAAAUGUAUUUUGUGGAAAUAGAUGUUAUCUUUUUUGCACGUCUAUAUUGCAUGAUAUCCAAGUGAAGCGUGGACACAAGAAAAAAAUACAAAAAAUAUGGAAAAAAAAUCAAAGAAACAAAAAAAAAAUUAGGCAGUGUGUGUUGUUCAUUUUUGGAGACAAAUCUUUGCAUGCCGAUAAGGGUAGAGCAUUUUGAUAUUGUUUUACACGCAUUCAAUCGUUCUUUGUCGAGUCCUUGGAUCGAACAAAAUGUUUGAUUUUACACCAGAAUGAGUAUUUUGUCGUUGAGUUGUCCAAACCUUCCUCAGAGGGACACGAACAAAACUCUCGAACAAACCUAAGACUAUUUUGCUACUUGUUGAGCGAGCUUGGACAAAUAAGAAAAGAAAAAAUUCUCAGUUAUCGUUAAAAAAAAAAACAAAAAUAAAGAUAAGAGAUUGUCCAUGAAUGUACUCACCUUUUCCAUGAGUUUGCAUAUCACUCUUCUGACCACUGGCGUGCAGUAGAGGCUUCCAUGUGUUUCCGUGUGUUUUCUAACAUUACUAACCCUCGACACGCUGAGUCGAGCUCUCAGUAUAACUCUGUUGUCUUGUCCUUUUUUUUGAUAUCCCCCCCCACCACCACCACCUCCUCUAUACGUUCGGAGCUUGUCCUGUCAUUGAUCUGCACCUUAUCGACCUCAAAUCGGAGCAUCUGUGACGGAGAGAGAGAGCCUCGCCUCACGAACCCAAAAUAACGCCACAAAAAAUCCGCCUCCCCCCGGGCGCCUCACUGCAGAAUUUGGGACAGAUUGUGUUCUCUGCUCCCUUAAUAUGCAAUCCAAGGCUCUGAUCUCGGGGUAGAAGAAACAACAGGAAACAUUGCCAGUGUGUUCUCAAAGUGGUAAUAUUUUGAAAAUCCCCCCUCUCUUUCCUCUCUCUCUCUUUUAGUUUAAUUAGAUGCUUCAUUGGCUUUUUUUUUUUUUUUUUUUUUUUUUUGCCAAAAUCUCUCUGAGGAUUUUCCAGCGUGGUCGUAUUCCGUCCCGCUGCAGAAUUACAUUCGUUUGCACUAAACUUCCUGCUGUUUCUGUGCGUGGCAGGCCGAGCUGAGGUGGAAUGAGGGGGGGAUCCACUGUGCCAGACUACUGUAGAUGUGUAGCCUUACUGUAGGUCAGCUUUUUCUAUUUAGACGUGCAUGCUCCUCUCUCUCUCUCUCUCUGUCUUGCUUUUAGGCCAGCUCCGUGCUCGUGGUGUCUCUAGCCAGCUGUUGACUUCAUGUAUGAUUUUUUUUUUUUUUUUUAAUUCUUUUGUUUUUAACUGUGACGUGUAGAGGAACUCUAAAACCUGCCCGCCAGGUGACCUCAUUGCUUCUCAGUGGGUGUGUGGCUCUUUCGACAUCAGACCUCCCCCCCCACUUCCACUUCCUCCUCCUCCACCACCCACCUACCUCCACAAACCCACUCUCACCCACACCCACCCACUUCGUACUCGACACCCCCUCCCACCCUCCCGAACCACCUCGAUGACACAUUACGGGACCCCGACCCUCUUAUUUCCUUCAACGAAUCGAAGCACCAGCAACUGUAGACUGCAUUUGUCAUAUCACUGUUUUUCUGUUCCUUCUUUUUGUUGUUUUUUUUUUUUAUGUGUGAUUUCCUGGUUUUUGAUUUGUACUGUAUGCUCUAACCCCAAAACCAGUUUUUAACAAAAUGCCAUUUCUCUGUGUGUAGCCUGUUUACCCCUCUUCCCCUUCCCCUUCAACCCACACAAACAACAACAACAACACACUCCUCCAUGCUUGUCUUUUUUGCACUUUUCACCGCCCACUCCUCCUCCUCGCCCCGCAAACAACAACAAAAAAACAACAACCACCAUGCACACACUUUGUCCCUCCUCUGCCUCCCACGAGUCUCUUCUCUCGAGUGCCAAAAUAGAACAGGGAGGAAACAGACAAAAAAAAGACAACAACAACUACUACUACUACUACCAUUCCAAGCGUUACUUUGAGUUGUUCUUGUGUGUCGGACAUCCAUCUCCUCCUGGAAAGCACCCAUGAAGCCAGCAUGCUCUCUCUCUCUCUCCGCCCCUCAUAACAUGAUGUCGCUCAUGACGCCUUCAAACUGAACAGCACCUUUUUUGCCUCCCCACCACCACCUCCUCCUCCUCCUCCUCCUCCUCCUCACCACCCCCCACAGAGCUUACAAACACCCCCACCCCGACAAGGAUUAACCCCUUUUCUGCAGGUUGGCUUUAAAAAAAACAAACAAAAAAAAGCCCUACCUACCUGUCUACCUACCGCUCAUGCCAGCUGCUUUCCUAAUUCUGUCAUUUCUUCAGCCUGUGGGACUUCAUUGAUGGUGUGCCAUAGUGUUGGGGGCACCUUUCACUCUCCUCACCUCCCCCUUCUAUCUUUCUUUCUUUUUUUAUACCCCCACCUCUUUCUCUCUUUCUGUAAACCCUCUCGCUCUCGCUCCAUUUGAUUUUUCUCGAUGGGAAAGAUUCAAAAAAACUCCAUUUUCUCUAAUGAUGAUUUUUUUUAUUUUUUUUUUUGUCGUUUAACAUCCACGCCGACACAUGCACUGCCUCCCCUCCGUGCAGCGGCGUGGGGGAGUGUUUUUACCGCACCGUCAGCUGCGCAGCCAUCCUCUGUCUUCUUGAAACUUUUUUGAACUUUCACCUCCCCCCUCCUCCUCCUCCCUCAUGAACUUUAUUGACCUUCCUCCUCCUCCUCCUCCUCCUCCUCUUUUAUCCCCCUUCUGUGUUCAUCCAACUGUUUUUUGGACGAUAACUCCUCCAUUCCAUCUUCCCCCCCUUUCCUCCUCCCCCCAAAAAAACCUCUCUGAGACUGUGCAAUGCUAGCUGAUAUGAUUGGAUUAUUAUUUUUUUGGUUUUUUUGUUUGUUUGUUUGUUGCUCAUCAUUGGGGACAGUUCUCUGAGAUAUAAGUAAAAAAAAAUUUAAAAAGAACAAAAAAAACUAUGAAAGGAAGAAAAAAAUCCCAAAAAAAGAAAUGCAGACAAACAAAAAAAAGGAUAAAACACUAAACAAACUGUUUCUCCACAAUUUCAUUUUUUUUCUCUCUCAUUGUAAAUAUUUUUGUCAGAUUUUUUGCCGAGCUGUAAAGAGAGAAGUGUUGAGCAGAACGGGGCCGGCAGCAUAAAGAGAAACUAGUGGAGGCGGCAGACGAUCAUUUCCAUCCUCUGUAUCCGAUAGUUAGGUCUUGCCUGUAUAAUCGGCUAUUCUAGUUCUACUGUGUUAACCUGUGCUGUUGUUAUUAGUGUUGAUUUACCUACUGUAUUCGCUGUUUAGCUUUCAUGUUGGCUAGCAAAAACUCUUUAGAUAACUGUGCUCAUCGAAUACUAAUACUAACCUUUUGAGAAGUAGUCCAAGCCAUUCUCAACGUAGGCUUGUUUUUUGUACAUUCGUUGAUGUUUUCCUGACAGUGAGUUGUAGUGGCACUUAGUAUCUUUUAUCAUCAAGCCAUAGUUAUUGAAAAAUGUUCGUGUUAGAGACAUAUCAUCGUGGAAAACAGCUCGACUCGGUUUCCAGAACAAACCCGGGGAGGUGGACAGAAAAGAGAAAAUGUAUUAACAAACAAAAAAAAAAGAAGAAGAAACUUAAGCUCCUCCCGGGUUGCAAAAAACGAGGAAGCUGAGCUGCUAACUUUUGUGCAAUACAGUCCUAGUUUACAUAACAUAGAGAGAUAGUUUUAGAGAUGAUUAACGUCUGCGGCUGCUGCUCAACCAUCCUGCUGCCCGCAGAGCCAAACUUGUAUCAUAUCUCCACAUUGCGCCGCCACAUCAGAGACCUUUUUGAAAGUAUUAAAAGUGUGAGAUUAGACUCCCACCAUUUCACUGCAUUGCUCUGAGCUCCACUCUUGAUUUAUGCUGCCUGCCCCAUCGCCCUGAGAACACCACAUGAGCUAUUUAUUUCUCAGACUAUUAUUAUUAUACUAUUAAUAAAUAACAACGCAACAAGAAAAAGGGAACGACUGGAAAAAGGUGAAUUAAUAUUAUUAUUGUUUUGUUUUUAUUUUUUAGUAUUUUAGUGGUUGCUUUUAACAACAUUCAUUAACUGACUUAAAGAUUAUUGAAUAUUUAAUGUAAUUGUAGCAUUGUGUUUGUAAAGAGAAAAAAACCUAGUGAGUUGUGUUUCUUGACUUGUGGAUUACCAGUGAAGUGGGCAAUCUAGUGCUAAUAUAUAUGAGGUCUUUUUUUAAGGAUUCUUAUUUUGCGACAGCAACAGCAGUCAUUAUAAAUGUUCAUUUUAGCAUCACCUGUCUUCCGUUGUCUUAUUCUUCACCUUCCACCACACUCUGCAUCAUCACAGUAACACAUCGCAAGUCUGGGGGUGGGACUGAAUGUGUGUGUGUGUGUGUGUGUGUGUGUGUGUGUGUGUUUGUCGUGAAUGUGCGCAAGAGUUAACAAACCUGUGUGUUUAUUUGUGUGUCUAUGCAAAAUAAUGGUACCUGUGGGUAAAUGUGUGUGUGUCUGUUUCGGUGUGUGUGUGUGCGGUGUGUGUUUGUGGGUCUGCGGGGUUCGGGGUGGGUGUUCUGUCCAGUGUUCACCAAAAGCUAAAACCUGUCAGGCUUCCAUACUUUCCUGAUGGAACCUCCUGACGUUAUAGCUGCAAACCCUCAUCAUGUGAUCUGACUCAACUCGACUGUCCAUAACCCCUUCAGUCACCUGACCAACCAAAUCAACCAAUCACUGUCCACCACUACCGCCUUCCCCUGCGCCAUCCUUUGCUGCACACCACGUCAGCCCCAUGUGAUGUUCUCCAUCGAUAACAUACUACUGUCACAAUCUACUGUUACAUGCCGACAGAUCUGGGGAUAAAUACGUUCGCUUUGCUAAUCGCUGGUGUUUUCACCUUUCAACUAAUUCAACAAAGCGCUCCUUAAAUUAAGACAAGUUUACCUCAAGCUGGUUGAGCUUUAAAAGGUCGGUUCGCCCAAAGCAAACGUUCAGGUUUUGAGCUAUCUGUCUGUAAUUUCUGCUCCAAAACCGUGGAGGUGAAUAGAAUUACGUUUGUGGUGCUGCUCACAAUCAAAUUUCCGCUUAAAAAUUUAACACCAACCUUCUCUUAAGGGAGACUGUGUCCCUGUUGCUCUGGUUAAACCACAGACCUCGCUGAGAACUGUUCUAUUGGGACUAUUUUUUUCUGUCGAAAGUAGUUGUAGUUGUUGUGCAACAAAUUAAAAUUGCAUUUCUGGGGGGAUGGUGACAGAAAUCUCUGACAGAUAUGUCAAAACGUAACAAAAGCUAGAGUUAGGUGUGAAGAUACUUUGGUAUUCGGAACCGACCCUUUAAUCUGCAUGAGGUUCACUUGUUCUCUUCAUUUUCUUCAGCGUCAUUCAAAAUCCAUUUCAAAUUCAGGUUUUUUUCCCCAGAGCUGCAUAUUACAUUCUACUGUUCAUACUACUGUACGUGCUGCAUACUACCUUACCAGGUCAGAAUCCACCUUAACCUGUCUCCAUGCCAACCACAGAGGAGCCAGUUGCAUGGCAACCGGCUUCCGCCACAACAAAACCAACCUACCAACCAGCCAUCUUCCUCAACUGACGAGGCCACGCCCACCUGACUAUGAUCGCUCCAUAGAAGAAGAGAUAGAGGAAGAGAGAGGAUAGGAAGAAGGGAUGACAGAUGAAAGAGACGUAGUUGUGAUUCUCAGGGUGUCUUAUAUAGAUCUACUGUUUAGUCUGUUCUCCAGUCGCUCACUGGUGUCCUGUUGCCCCUAACUGAGCCCAAAGACGAUCAUGUCCUGCUAUGACAAAUUCCUUGUAUUCCUUGAUUGAUUGACUACUGACCAAUUCCUCUCGAUCAGUUGAUUGAUAAGCAUUGAUUGACCAAUUCUCUUGAGAGAUGCUACGCGGCCAGCUGACCGAAGCUCGGCGCUGUAACUAAUGUUUACAACCCAAAUGAGACCAACAACGCUGUUGAAAGAAUGUCUAGGACUUAAAAAAAAAAAGGAGAAAAAAAGAGACAAAUCUCUGAAGAGUACUUAUUUCUAAAUGAUGGAACUUUUCGCUUACUUUCUAUGUGACAUGAAGUAAUGUAAUUUUUUUCAAUCAUUGCAUGUGACUAUUUUUAUUUGCAAUGAAAACUGUUAGAAUGGAUGGUACAUUUGUGACGUCAGUGCAACGUUGAAGACGCCGAUGCUAGAAAUCAGCCGGCGUCUCAUAACAGUGUUUUCAUGUCGCCGUGAGGAGUGCUUAUGGACCAAUGAAUGCUAAAUGUGUGACCAUACAAAGCUGUAAAGGUUUUGUUUAUUUGUACAUGGUUAUGGGUAAAAUAAACCAUUGAAGCAAAGUAA